AGGUUCCCUCCCGGAAGAGGUGUCCGAGACUCCUGAGGACCGGCAACAUGGCACGGUCAGGCAAUAAGGCGGCCAUUGUGCUGUGUAUGGAUGUGGGCUUUGCUAUGGGUAACUCUUUUCCUGGCGAAGAAUCUCCACUUGAACAAGCAAAGAAGGUGAUGACCAUGUUUGUGCAGCGACAGGUGUUUGCAGAGAGCAAGGAUGAGGUUGCUCUUGUUCUGUUUGGUACGGAUGGCACUGAGAACGCGCUUGCGUGUGAAGAUCAGUAUCAGAACAUCACAGUGCACAGACACCUGAUGCUGCCAGAUUUUGAUUUGCUGGAGGACAUUGAAAGCCAAAUCCAACCAGGUUCUCAACAUGCUGAUGUCCUGGAUGCACUCGUCGUGUGCAUGGAUGUGAUUCAACAAGAGACUGUAGGAAAGAAGUUUGAGAAGAGGCAUAUUGAAGUGUUCACCGACCUCAGCAGCCCAUUCAGCAAAGAUCAGUUGGAUAUUAUCAUUCAUAACUUGAAGAAAUCUGGCAUCACGCUGCAGUUCUUUUUGCCUUUCCCAAUUGGGAAGGAAGAUGGAACUGAUGGCAGCUUGAGCUUGGACCACCAUGGACCCUCCUUCCCUCAAAAAGGAAUUUCUGAGCAGCAGACAGAAGGUGUUCAGAUGGUGAAAAGGGUGAUGCUAUCCUUAGAAGGUGAAGAUGGGCUGGAUGAGAUUUAUUCCUUCAGUGAGAGCCUAAGACAACUGUGUGUCUUUAAGAAAAUUGAGAGGCGUUCCAUACCCUGGCCUUGUCAACUGACCAUUGGCUCCAAUUUAUCCAUAAAGAUUGUGGCCUAUAAAGCGAUUCUACAGGAGAGCAUUAAAAAGACUUGGACAGUUGUGGAUGCAAGAACCCUAAAGAAAGAAGAUAUUAAAAAAGAAACAGUUUAUUGCUUAAAUGAUGAUGAUGAAACUGAAGUUUCAAAAGAGGACACUAUCCAAGGGUUUCGCUAUGGAAGUGAUAUAGUUCCUUUCUCUAAAGUGGAUGAGGAACAAAUGAAAUAUAAAUCGGAGGGGAAGUGCUUCUCUGUUUUGGGAUUUUGCAGAUCUUCUCAGGUCCAGAGAAAAUUCUUUAUGGGAAAUCAAGUUCUAAAGGUUUUUGCAGCAAAAGAUGAUGAGGCAGCUGCUGUGGCACUUUCUUCCCUGAUUCAUGCUUUGGAUGAAUUAGACAUGGUGGCCAUAGUUCGAUAUGCUUACGACAAAAGAAGUAACCCUCAAGUGGGCGUGGCUUUUCCGAAUAUCAAGGAUGCCUAUGAGUGUUUAAUAUAUAUACAGCUGCCUUUCAUGGAAGACUUACGGCAAUACAUGUUUUCAUCCUUGAAAAGUAAUAAGAAAUACACUCCCACAGAGGCUCAGCUGAAUGCUGUUGAUGCUUUGAUUGAUUCCAUGAGUUUGGUGAAGAAAGAUGAGGAGGAAGGCAUCAUUGAAGACUUGUUUCCAACCACCAAAAUCCCUAAUCCGCGAUUUCAGAGGCUAUUCCAGUGUCUGCUGCACAGAGCUUUACAUCCCCAGAAGCCUCUCCCCCCAAUUCAGCAGCAUGUUUUGAAUAUGUUGAACCCCCCCACUGAGGUGACAGCUAAGUGCCAGGUUCCUCUCUCUAAAGUAAAGACUCUUUUCCCUCUGGCUGAAGCCAUCAAGAAAAAGGAUCAAAUAACCGCCCAGGACAUUUUCCAAGACAACCGUGAAGAAGGACCAGCCUCUAAAAAAUGCAAGACCCAGGAAGGGGACGUCCACUUUAGUAUCUCCAGCCUGGCUGAAGGCAGUGUGACCAGUGUUGGAAGUGUGAAUCCUGCUGAAAACUUCCGGGUUCUAGUGAGGAAGAAGAACGCCAACUUUGAGGAAGUGAGUCUCCAGCUAAUAAGUCACAUUGAACAGUUUUUGGAUACUAAUGAGACACUGUAUUUUAUGAAGAGCAUAGACUGCAUUAAAGCCUUCCGGGAAGAAGCCAUUCAGUCUUCAGAAGAGAAGCGCUUUAACACUUUCCUGAAAGCCCUUCAAGAGAAAGUACUCGUGAAACAGUUAAAUCACUUCUGGGAUAUUGUCGUUCAUGAUGGAAUUACUCUGAUCAGCAAAGAUGAAGCCUCGGGAAGCUCUGUCACAGCUGAGGAAGCCAAAAAGGUACUGAGGGAUAACUUCCUGUCUCUAGAUGAAUUACUGCUGUGGGCACUACUUCCUUGA